UCUUGGAAACCACGCCACCUGUAUCCGGCAAAUCACCACCUGCAACCGUAAAUGCCGAACACGGACUCUCUUCCGCCAUUUUUCCUCUCCCCGGCCUAGGGCCGUAGCACUUGAGCCUCCAACAUUCCAAUCAAUUCUUUCGCGAUCAGCCUAGUGACUAACCCUGUCAGGUUCUGUCCUAUCAUGCCGCCGCAGGGGAUGAGGCUUAGCGCCAUUCCCGCUGAUAAUCCCCAAUCUGUCCUUCAAAGCACCCGUAUCUUUCAUCAAAUUGCCUUUGGAUUGGCGAUAGACUACUCACUAUCUGGGGAUGGUUCUUUAUUUUCAAGCCAAUGUGAUCUAAGGCAAUUCCCUACUAUCCUCCUAGCCUCUUGACCGCUGGCCACCGUCGCCAUGUCCCUGUACUGUAGAAGACCCUUGGGGCCUGUGUGUCUAGAUCUUCUCGAGAUGAUCUUAGGUUGGUUUCUCUUCUUCGUUUUUUGACAUUUCACUUUAUUGCGCAAGAAAGGACCAUUUCUUGGGUGCCUCUCUCUCUCUCUCUCUCUCUCAUUCACUGCCUGACUCUAGCUCCUCCUAAACGGAGUAUUUGAUCUUGCCACCUCGAUCUAUUCAAAAAGAUGGUGUGACACAAUCGCCUUCCCCCGCCCUAGCGGUACUACUACUCCGAAACUUCGAAUCCCUGGCAUUGAAUCUGGACGGCGUUUUAGAGUCACGAGCAAACUGAAAGGCUGCCAUCAUGGCCGGUUCUCGACUUUACUCUGACGCAAAAUAUUCACGUCGUCGCUGGAUUGUCGGCAUUCUAACCUUCUUGACAUUCGCGGUGCUGGUAACAUCCUUUACUCACUACCGCCGGAAUUACUAUGGCGAAAUGAGUUUUCCGACAUCCCACGUCGAUCCUGAAUUCACCAAGGAUCUUCGUAUCAAAGAGUUCAUCAAGCCAGAAGGCGUCAAAAUCAUUGGGCUAGUAUUUUUCGGCAGAAAGAACAGAGUAGAGAUUUUGCGAUGCUUUUUAGAGCGCAAUUUGGUCGAUAAUGGCGGCUGGCUUGAUGAGAUACAUUGGGUCAAGAACACCGAUAAGCCAGACGACCUGGCAUAUUUGGAUGAGAUCCUUGCUUCCUCUCCCCGGUACAAGAAGAUUGAGCUGGAAGGAGUUGGCUUCAUCGGCUACGGAUAUGCAUGGUCCCAUCUCGAACCAGGCCACCUGUAUAUCAAAAUCGAUGACGAUGUCGUCUGGUUUGCCGACGACGCGAUCCCACGCAUCGCGAGCAUGAAGAGCGAGCACCCCGAAUAUCUCCUCGUCAGCGCAAAUGUUAUCAACUCACCCUUGAUGGGCUGGGUGCAUUAUCAUAUGGGCGCCAUGCACCCUUACCUUCCCGAAUUCGACGUCUACGAUCCUCCACUGCUGGAUGCUGUAACAUCACAUGAUCGGAAAUCGUGGCAUUACUCCGAGUACCCCUACUGGAACGGCCCGGAUGACUAUUUCUUUGACAUCCAUCAGGACCCGCCGUACAGUGGGCAUCGAUGGCUACGAUUGCAGAAUGACUCGACAAUUCACCGCACCCCAGUCAGUGAGAUCGAGUACAAAACGUGGGGAACGGGUCUGAAAUCAUGGGCGAUUGCGGCUCAGGAACAUUAUUCGUUCCUGGAAAACCUUGCCAACGGCCAGCUAGACCGAUACAAGAUGGGCAAGGCCUGGUUGACUGACUAUAAACGGCUCAGCAUCAAUUUCAUCGCGCUGUGGGCGGAUGAUGUUCUCAACAACCUGCCAAUGGACACCGUGGACGAGGAGUGGUUGACCAUCAAUUUGCCUAAAAAGCUGGGCCGUAGUGUUGCUGUCGAGACUGACGCGCUGGCAGUUCAUUUCACCUUUGGCACCCAAGGCAAGGUUGGGCAGACGGAUUUGUUACCUCGCUACCACGAUUACGCUCUUGAGAAUGCCUGUGCCAGACGAGUAUGAGCACUGGGAAAACAGAGCAUUGCCACGCCAGUCGACUCGGAGGCCGUGAGGCCGCAGGGCUCAACGAGGUUUACCCACUGUGUCGAUUGGCAGUAAUGCUCGUUCAAAACGAGCAUAAAAUAUCUAUCAACAAUGCAUGAACGGUCAAGGAAAGAUUUAUUGACGCACGGAGCGUUCUGUGGAAUGUACGACUAGACGACGAUUCUGGCAUCUUUGUAUCUAUUCAAUUGAAUUAGCACGGAGUUUAGUUGAAAGGGCCUGGCGGCUGAAUUCUUCAAUCAAACUUCAGGCUGUUGGGGUGGAAAAUGAUCAUAACUUCAUUCGCCAUC